UCGGGUCUGGCCUUCGCAACCACAUCUGCCCGCCCCGCCGAUGCCCCGCACCCAAGGGAAAACAUGGAAGAAAAUUCAAAACCCUUCAUCAGGAGCAUUCCUAUUCCACCUGGAUACUCUGGUUAUAUCCCGCUGAUCCAACACCUAGUCGGCAAUAACUUUGCCGAAGACACUGAGCACUGUCUGGAAACCUUUCACCGUGCAACUCAAAGAAGGAAAGAUCAACUGGAAGAACUGAGACACAUAGCAGCAACAUCUCCUAAACACCAAGCUGUUUGCUCCCAUGAAAGUGUUCUAAGGGCAAUUCACGACUACUACCACCUCCAUCACCCGAUGUUGCUAGAAACUAAAGAAAUGAAGAGACCUUUACCAGAGUCACCUAUACCAGGCUGGACUGGGUACCUUCCCAGAGCCAACGUCACUGAGCUUGGCCUAGGGGUUCGUUACCAAGUAAUGGCCAAAAAUUGUUAUAAAGAUUUUUUGGAACUGACAGAACGGGCCAAGAAAGCUCCGUUGAAACCAUUUCAGAAAGGACAAGCUCUUGAGUCUAAUCAAGUGCCAAACCAGUCUCCAAGAAUUUGCAGCUCAGAAGAUAGCAUGCCUAAUAACAUGAAUCAUGUACCAAAUGAAGCUUCUCUUUUGGGAAAACACUCUGGAGAUAUUUGCCUAAACUCCUCAGCAUGGGAUCCUUCAGAACAACUAUAUGGGGCCCAUCUGUCUGGGAAAAAUCUUGAGCCUUCAUUCUUAGAUGGCCAGAAUGGAAGUUAAGAAAUAUUCAACUCUUUCAUGAUUUUGAUUUCAGAAGUUUCCACUUAUUAAAAGCCUAUUGA